UUAGGAAAAGCAAAACUUAGAAGCCCAUGUACAGCCAAUGAAAAUUGGCCAAGUUCAUAGUCUUCUGGAGAGAUCAAGCGUUGACGUGUUUUACGACGGAAACCGGACGUCAGUUGGGGGUUCUUAAAUCUGCGUGGCUUGUCGAACGACUCACUUUCUUUUUGUUCUCUCGUACACUAUAGAGCUGCAGGAAAGUAAGAACUGAUAGAAUGGCUUUUUAUCAGCAACCACCGUUUUACAACCCAAGAAUCCCAUUCAGCGGUCAAAUCCAGGGAGGCCUGCAGAAUGGGAAGAGCAUCAUCUUGAGCGGACGGGUUUUACCAGGGGCUAACAGAUUUCAUGUGAACCUUCAAUGUGGUUCUCAUUCCGGGGCUAAUAUUGCUCUGCACUUUAACCCACGCUAUGAGAGCGCUGGGUAUGUAGUGCUCAACAGCUUCCAGAACAUGAACUGGGGCUCAGAGGAGCGCAAACAUGAAUCUCCCUUUCCCCAAGGCCAAACAUUCACCCUCCAGAUCCUCGUUGAGCAGGACGAAUACAAGAUAUCUACUAAUGGGAGACACUUCAUGGACUAUAGACACCGCUUUCCAUUCUCUAAUGUGGACAUCAUCUCGGUGGAUGGAAUGGUGGAGUUGAACUCUAUUGUCUUCCAGAAUCCUGCGGCUUAUACAGCACCUCAAGCAGCAUUUCAGCCCCAGUAUGCUGCACCUCCAGGAUGUGGAUUCCCGGCAUACCCAGCUGCACCUAACUAUACUAUCCCGUACAAAACCGUCAUCAACGGUGGACUUCACCAUGGCAAAAACAUUGUCAUCCAUGGAGUUAUCAAUCCCAAUGCUAACAGAAUAAUUUUUAACCUGCGCCACAGAAGUGGGAUUGCACUGCACUACAAUCCUCGUUUCGAUGAGAGCGUGGUUGUGCGCAACUCCAAUCAGAUGGAGCAGUGGGGUGCAGAGGAGCGGUUUGGAGACUUGCCCUUUCAAAAAGGACAACCUUUCCAGGUCACUAUCUCCUGCGAACCCCAUCAUUACAAUGUGUUUGUCAACGGCAAACAAGCACACACUUACAAACAUCGCUACACAAAUCUGACUGACAUUGAUAUUUUGGAGAUUUGCGGAGAUCUGCAGCUGACUUUUGUGCAGGCUUAACAGGAAUCUGUGAUGUUUCAUUUUUAAAUCACUUUUAAGAGAAAGCAAUGCUUAUUAUUGAAAAGUAGAAUUGCUUUCAAAUACGGAGAAAUGGGUGACCGUAAACAUGAAAAGCACUGUGAUUUUGCUAUUUUGAAUCAACAUGAAAUCCUUAAUUAUUGCUUAACAAAGGUGAAUUAAGAGGACCAUACUUCUCUGAUAUGCUAAAUGUAAUGCUUUUAUAAUGCUUAUAGGCUAAAGCAUCUUAAAUUGAUCUGAAAUAA